AUGAACGGAUCGUCGGGAGUGGUAGCGACAUCAACGCCACCACAGUCCUCGGCCUCGGGCGUCGUGUCAUCUUCCUCUUCCGUCGUGAAGGCCGCGUCGAAGGGUUCCGAGGUGCGAUCGUACAAGGGCGAGAAGAAGAAUGGCGUGCCCAACGGACGCGGUACGCUGGUGUUUGCGAAUGGAAAGCGCUACGAGGGAUCGUUCAAGGAGGGCCAAUUUCACGGGACCGGCACCCUCGUGUUCCCCAAUGGCAAUCGUUACGAGGGCGAAUUCAAGAUUGGACGCAAGCAUGGCAAGCGAGGCAUUUUCACAUGGGCGCUCGGUGAACGCUACGAGGGCGAAUACCGAAACGAUAGACGACAUGGGCGGGGUCUGUUUACAUGGAAGAGCGGAGGGCGCUACGAGGGCGAUUUCAAGGAUGACAGACGCACGGGCCGAGGCGUGCUCACGUGGCCCGAUGGCGAGCGCUACGAGGGCGCCUUCGAGGAAGACCAGCUCGAGGGCCAGGGCGUGUACCACUACGCGAACGGGGAUCGCUACGAGGGCCUCUUCCAUGCGGGCGUCAAGCAUGGCCGUGGCAUCUACUACUUCGCCAACGGCGACAAGUACGUGGGCGACUACAAGCACGGCAAGCGCACCGGCUACGGUCUGCUCACCCUCGCCAACGGCAAUCGCUACGAGGGCGAUUUCAAGGCCGACAAGCGCACAGGCAACGGCAUAUUCACGUGGCAGAGCGGCUCUCGCUACGAAGGCGAGUUCAAGAACGACAAGCGAACGGGACGCGGCGUGUUUCAUCGCGCCAACGGAGAGCGCUACGAGGGCGAAUUCAAGGACGGCAAGCGCCAUGGCGUCAGCGUCUCCUACGUACCCACCAACGAAGAGGGCAAGGAAAAGGUCUACCGAGAGGAGUGGGUGGACGGCUCGCUCAUCUCCAAAUACGAAAUCGGCCCCGAGGAGGUGCCGCACAUAUUGGACAAUGAGAUCGACGCAUCGCUGAGCACCCUGAAGUCCGGCCUCAAGAACGCGAUCGGCGGGUCGCUCGCCUCCAACGCGUCGAUGUCGAUGAGCUCCUCGCGCGCUGCGCUGGCCCUCGCCCCCUCCAACGCGCUGGUGCCCUUCAACGGCCUUCAGGGCAUCAACCUGCAGAGCAUGGGCAUCAUACUCGACCUCGGGAACCAAAUCAAUCCCGAGGAGGAGGUGCUGUUCGGCGACAGGUCCAAGCUGCCGGCCAUCCUCGUCAUCAAGAUCUUCUCCUUCCUCGACGAAAAGUCCCUCUGCUUGGCCUGCCAAGUGAGUCAAAUGUGGCAGAAGCUGUCCGAGGACGAGACGCUGUGGCGCAUGCUGUGCAAGAAGCGGUGGAGCCUCAAGAAGAAGCAGGACUCAGACUACGCCACCCACUACUGCUACUGGAAGUUCCAGUACUGGCUCUACCUCUGCAAAAGAGUGUUCGACGAGGAGGAGGUCAAGAACGGACGCGGCACCUACAGCUGGUCGAACGGAAACUGCUACGAAGGAGAGUGGAAGGACGACCACAGACAUGGCCGAGGUCGCAUGAUCUACGCCGAUGGGGACAAGUACGAGGGCGACUGGCGAGAUGGCAAGAAGCACGGCUUUGGUAUUGUGACCUACAUGAACGGAUCCAAGUACGAGGGAACGUUCAUCAACGGCGAACGAGACGGCAAGGGCGUGCUCACGUUCAGCAACAAGGACAGAUACGAUGGAGAUUGGAAGCAGGGGAAGAAGGAGGGCACGGGCACGUACCUGUGGGCCAACGGGUCGAUCUACCAGGGCGAGUACGUCAACGGCAAGAAGGAGGGCAAGGGCAUCAUGAUCUACAACAACGGGGAUCGAUACGAGGGCGAGUGGAAGGGCGGGAGGCGGCACGGGUACGGCACGGAAACGUGGAUCAACGGCGUCAAGUACGAGGGCGAGUGGCGCGACGGCAAGCGACAGGGCUUCGGCAAAGUGCACUACGCCAACGGCGACAAAUACGAAGGUGAGUUCAUGGGUGGAGAGAAGGAGGGCAAGGGCAAGAUGAUCUACGCCAAGGGCGGAGAGUACGAGGGCGAGUGGAAGAAGGGAAAACGAGAAGGCCACGGCGUGAUGGUCUAUGGCGACGGCGGCGUCUACGAUGGCCAAUGGAAGGACGACAUCGAGGUCAUCCCCAGAGUGGCGAAUGGGACGGACGGGAAGCGGGCACCGAUUCCGGCCGACUUUCCGUCGAAGCGGCGAACGGUGGCGGAGAGCGAGGAGGACGAGGAGGAACUCAACGAGGUCGCCGCGGCCGAGCAGCGCAAGUCAGCGGUACAGAAGCGUCUCGCUCGCAUGCGCCGGCGCGCCGGCACCAAGCCCCCGAAGGGCAGCGCCCGCCCGAGCACCAACUCCUCCUCAUCCACCAAGACCACGGCCGCCAAAGCAGCCAAGUAG